AUUUUAGACAGAAGGUCUCUCAUUCUAUAUAGAUUCCUAUCGAUCACUGAGAUUAAGCCAAUUCCGAAUGUCGGUAUUCCGUCCGACUGAUUAUCCUGUUGGUCAAGUACAGUAUGUACUAUGGCAUAUUAUGGUAUGUUGAACUUUGGAGCAGUCCGUGGACAGUCAUCAACAUUACAGUAGUCAAAUGACAGUGGAGGGAGCCUUGGCAGUGCGAGCUUUCAUUCAUACGGUAUGAUGAAGUCCGUCUUGACAAGCAGCCGCUGCACUUGACACGGCGACAUUUCUCGUGGUAAGCAGCAACGAAUGGAAACAUGCUCUCUGGGUUACACAACAGAUAAAUCUCUCCGGAACCCAGCCCGCGGGGCCUCUAGUAACCUCGAAUGAUAUACCUGCGGCAGAUCGCAGGCAGAUCGCGGGCGCCUGUGAAACAAUAUUCAAUUGCCGCAGGCUUUUUCUCAUGUGCUGUGGCGCGUCCACGCCAGAAUGUAAACCACCAUGUUCAACUCAACAGUGCACAAUGGACAGCGUCGCUAGAACGUCACAUUUCUGGCUUGUCCAGCUCGCGUACCCGGCAAAGUACACACUCAUUCACGCACCGGACAAAUCUGCUCCCCAAAACGCAGAUCCGGACUGCGUUUCGUCGUGAAGACCCCGAGCCGCGGCGUCGCAAGGCCGUCCCCGUCUUUGACGACCCCCGCGAUGACCCACGGAUCAGAGACGCGGAGCCUCUGGUGACGCCGGAGCAGAUUUCUCGCUUUUAUCGGUCGCCCAGACUGCACACCGUGGUGGUGGUCUGCUUCCUCGCUGCGAUCGCCUUUUACUACGCCAACAUCGAGACGGUGCCCGUGUCGGGACGGCAACGUUUCAACUGUCACAGCGACAAGACGGUCCGCGAGCUGAGUGAGCAACAAUUCGAGGUGCUAAUGAAUGAGUUCCGGCACGCGGGUGUGAGGUUUCUCCCGUUGUGGGAUGCGCGGUCGCGCAUGGUCAAGCGGGUCAUGGAUCGUCUCAAGCCCGUCAGUGGCAUGGACGAUAUGGAAUGGGACUUUUUUGUGAUUGAUGACCCAGGAAACGCAAACGCCUUUGUUCUUCCCUGUGGUAAGGUGUUUGUGUUUAGCGGCAUCUUCAGGCAUGUUCAAACAGAAGAUGCACUCGCGGCAGUACUCGGCCAUGAGAUAGCUCACAACCUUGCCAGUCAUGCUGCGGAGCAAAUGUCUGCUAGCAUUGGGACGAACGUUCUCUUCUGGAGCGUGGCAAUAUUGACAUUUGGACUCUUCACCAUACCUGUUAUGUAUGGCGCCGGGGUCCUCAAGUUUCUCUUCGAGUCGCCCAUGAGUCGGAUGCAAGAGACCGAAGCCGACCAGAUUGGCCUCUUGAUGAUGGCCGAGGCGUGUUACGAUCCACGCCAGGCUAUACCUUUCUGGAGAAGCAUGCAGCAGUACCAAGGAUCACAUGAGCCGCCAGAAUGGCUAAGUACACACCCUUCACACCAAUCCCGAAUCGAGAACAUCCAAAAGAUGCUUCCGUUGGCUCUUGAAAAGAGGGAACAGAGCGAUUGCAGGGGAACUCAAGGGUUCGCAGAGUCGUUCAAGCGGGCCAUGCGCCGCGGUGAGAUUAUCACGUUGUACCCGACGAGAUAUGUCUGAAUAGGUAUUCGCACUUGUUUUUUUUUUAGGUUAUAUCACUGUUACAAUCUAGCAACAUCAUUGGUUAGAGUUGUACCUCUGGAACAGCUUAUAUAGACAGGUCAAGUACAAGAAUAUCUUAUUUGCUAUCUCCUGUUUUGCC